AUGAUGAUGGUCCUGUAUUGUGUUGCAGUGUUCAAUCUGGGGGUCUACAGGCGAGAGGCUGUAAAAGCCUACAAAUCCUAUGACUUCUUCAGACAUGACAAUGAGGAGGCCAUGGAAAUCAGAAAGUGAGUGCUCCUCCUCCCCUCAGUGUUUUUGGACCUGUGGCAGAAUAAUUUGGUUGUUUUGAUGAGUUAAACAGUAUUGCAGUAACCCUUUUUUCUAGAAUAUGCCCUCCCAUGUUUUCGCAGCCCCAGGCAGGUGUUUUCUGUAUUUACAAAACCUGCUGAGGUUUACAAGGCCCCCAACUAGAUUUAAACAAUUCAUGUAAUUACAUUUUAUGUAGUGAGCAUAGUUAGUCACCUGGCAGCCUGUCAUUUUCCUAGUCUCUCAUUUUAGUGCUGGCUGCUAGACCAACAGUUAUAAUACUUGUCAUAAGUGUUAUAUGAACCCUAUAAUAUAUUAUUAUAAGGCUUGUAGUAUGUUAUGUAUUUCUAUGCUGUACAUUUUAACAGAUUGAACAUAAAUGUUACUAAGACGUAAUGGGGUCAUCAUACAUGGUCUUACAAUGCAUUAUAGCCACAUAGUGCAUUAUAUCUGGCGGCUUUAAGUGAAGUGUUACAGAUUUUCAUUAAAAUUGUUGUUGAUGUGGAUUAUUGAAGUGGGUCACUGUGUUCCUACAGGCAGUGUGCUCUGGUGGCUCUGCAGGAUGUCAAAACAUAUCUGACUGAGGAGGGGGGCCAGAUCGCUGUGAGGAUCUACUGUUUGCUCUUUCUGUUGUUUUGAGUAAUUGGAGAUAAAAUAGUGAUAUAAAACUGAAAAGACAAGCUUAAUUUGAGAUAUCAGUGAGAUGUGAUUUAUUUAUUUUACGUGUUUACUGUUAUGCCUUUCAGGUCUUUGAUGCCACAAACACCACCCGAGAGAGGAGAGAAUUAAUCCUUAGUUUUGCAAAGGAACAUGCUUACAAGGUAAGUGUCAUGUCAUGCAUGUUACAAGGGUUAGGUAUAGAAACUAUUCUCAAUUGUUAUUGUCAAUGGUUUGGUGAAGUGUGUCUUCAUAGAUUGGUCUCUUUUGCAGGUGUUUUUUGUGGAGUCAUUGUGCGACGACCCUGAUGUCAUUGCUGCUAAUGUUAUGGUAAAUUAACUUGCAUGUUAAAAAACAUGAGUACUACUUCUCGUUAAAACAUUCUCUAAUAAUCUUCAAGAUAUUUCCACACUUUAAGUAUUGUGCACCUCCCUCUCUCCUCCCCAGGAUGUGAAGGUGUCCAGUCCAGACUACCCAGAGAGACACAGAGAGAGUGUGAUGGAGGACUUCCUGAAGAGAAUAGAAUGCUAUAAAGUCACCUACCAACCAUUAGACCCAGAUGAAAAUGACAGGUUAGACAUUCUCCUGAGUUCUCUCUUUUAA